GUUAAGAAAACCCUUAACAUUUUUGCCCUUUGAAAUCACGUGUAGUUCAUCGAAAAACAAUUAUUUGAAGCUUAGAAUAGGUUCCCCAAAAACACUAAAAUCUUAUAAGCUAGUACCCUUAAAACAAGAAAACCAAAAUAUUUUUAAAAGGCUAACAGAUCGCCGAAUGGAUGAAGAAGGCCCCCUAAAUUUAGCAACAGAUUGUCUUUUAAUUUCUUCACUUGAUUCAACUCAAAAUUUUACUGAAAAAAGAGAAGAAAUAAUUCCAAAGGAUGAGGUUGAUAUGAUUCAAGUAGAGACUGAAGGAUUGUUUUUGGGUUCUGCCCAAAGCCUUUCGAUUGGAAAUAAACUCAAAACGACACUUGAAAAUAUUCCAAAGAAGUUUUUAUUAAUUUUGGAUGGAGUUUUAAAACCCGAAACUGUUCGCUUCUUUGAUGAAUAUAAGCCUAACAAUUGUAAAAUUCUCGCAACAAGUACCAGUAAUGAUUUGUUUACUUCAGUUGAUUAUUUGGAUAUUUUUAGAUUGAAAGGGGAUGAAUUGGAAAUUAAUGAAUUGGGACAGUUAUUGAGGAAAUUUGGAUUUGAAGAACAGUUUAAUAAUGAGGAUUUGAAUGAAAUUAUUGAAAAGGCUGGUGGAAAUUUUGCUUUAAUAGAAAAAUUAGUGACUUUGGCUAGAGGAAAUAAGGACCAGUAA